ACUACUUUACGAAAGCCCAAAACGCAGAGUGAGUUUCUUAGUGAUUUAUUAUAUUUCCACGCCAACUUCUUCCCGCCGCCGCCGCCUCCCCGUCUUCCCUUUGGCCACCGCCGCGGCCGGGCGGAGCUGUGGUACCACUACGCCUCCAAGUGGGACAUCACCCACCGCCUGCCGCCGCCGCCCCGCACGCCGCUGCCGGAAAUGGCAUUAGAGCAGCAGCAGCAACUCCAGCGGUUCACCCGCACGCCAUACCACGGCGAUCGCUGGCUGAAGAUAUCGGAGCGGUGGUAU